CGCCUGCCGUAGUUAACAAACGGUUACUUAAUGGACAGUUUUCAGACAGGAGUUUAAAACUCGCCGCCGCCGCCUCCUCUUCGUCCCACCGUGUCACCUCUCCCUCUGACAACAACACAGCUUUGUUAAAGGUUUUCCAGGUGUUUCAGGUGUUAUGAACAGCUAUGAGGUCAUCCGUCAGAUUGGAGAGGGUGCGUUUGGGAAAGCCUUCCUGGUCAGAGACAAGGGUGGAGGUGGAGACAGACAGUGUGUGGUCAAACAGAUCAACCUCAGGAAGAUGUCAGCGCGGGAAAAGGAAGCGUCCAAGAAAGAGGUGACGCUGCUGUCGAAGAUGAAACACCCAAACAUCGUCUCCUUCAUCACAUCGUUUGAAGAGAGGGGCAGUCUGUACAUAGUGAUGGAGUACUGUGAUGGAGGGGAUCUGAUGAAGAAGAUCAACAUGCAGAAAGGAGUCCCCUUCACUGAGGAGCAGAUCGUGGGCUGGUUCGUUCAGAUCUGUCUGGGCCUCAAACACAUCCACGACAAGAAGAUUCUCCACAGAGACAUCAAAGCUCAGAAUAUCUUCCUAACCGACGGAGGGAUGAAAGCGAAGCUGGGGGACUUUGGAAUCGCAAGAAUGUUGAAUAACACCAUGGAGCUGGCCCGGACUUGUGUCGGGACGCCGUACUACCUCUCCCCGGAGAUCUGCGAGAGUCGGCCGUACAACAACAAGACGGAUAUCUGGUCUCUGGGCUGCGUCCUGUAUGAGCUCUGCACCCUGAGGCAUCCAUUUGAGGGCAGCAGUCUGCGGCAGUUGGUCAGUAAAAUCUGCAGGGGGCGCUAUAACCCAGUACCCAGCCGCUACUCCUACGACCUUCGACUGCUGGUCACCCAACUCUUCAAGGUCAACCCCCGUGACCGUCCCUCGGUCAGCUCCGUCCUCAGGCGUCCCUUCCUGGAGAAGCACAUCAGCAAACAUCUGGACCCGCAGGUGAUGCAGGAGGAGUUCAGCCGCACGACGCUGCAUCGAAACAACAGAGCAGCAACAUCACAGACCGCUAAACCCAGAGCAGGAGCAGCAAACACACCAGACUCUCCUGUCGUUCAGAGAAGAAGUCCAGAGGAGCAGAGAGACCUGGAGCUGCCGCGAAGAGACUGCCUCCUAAACCAGACUGGAGAGUCCCCCUCAGAGUCUACACCCCGGCCCACCACAAAGCACUGCCUGUUCAUCGAAGAGCAGAUACAACCGGCCGCAGACAGAGAGCUGCAGAACCAGAGGUUCAAUGGCUUUAAGCCUGUCAGCCACUACCAGCACUACCACGCCCAGCUGGACGCCCUUCAGAGGAGGGAGGACGUCCUUCCUCCUCCUCCUCCUCAGGAGAGAGAGAGGGAGCAAUGUGAAGACCAUGCAGCUCCUCAUGUGGAGCCGUACCAGCUUGUGGCUGCAGCUCGUAACGAAUACCUGCAGAGGAGACAGGAGGCCAACCAGUACAAGCUGAGAGCAGAGAAACAGCUGGGUCUGCGCCCGUGUACGGCUGAGCACAGAGGGAGGCCUGGAGGUCAGGAGCAGGAGGUGGGACGACCUGAGCACCAACACACACCUCAGGACAGGAGGCAGGAGGGACAACAGGAGUACCUGCGUCAGCUGGACGUCAUCAGGCAGCAGUAUCACCAGGAGAUGAGACAGAUGAGGCAGAGAGCUGAAGCAGAGGCUCAGCCUCAGCAGAGACAUGGGACAUUUGUGGUGGAGAAACCCAGAGACCCAGAACCUCCUGCAGCCGGUAAAGAGCAGCAGAAAGCCUCACCUGCACAGGACAUGGAAGCAGCUCUGAGGCAGGUCAGAGAGGAGAGCAGUGGUCAGAGGAGAGAGAGGAAGCACAGAGACAAGAAGGGAAUCGUGUUUGAGAUUCGGUUAGAUGAUGAAGGGAUGAAAGGAGACGCAGAGAAGGAGAAAGAGGGGAGAGGAGAAGAAGGAAAGCAGGAGGAGGAGAAGCAGGACCUGGACCCUCUGAACCGGACUCUGAGCUUCCAGGAGGGGGAGGAGUUGAAGCUCAGGGACUGGUCGGAGAUGAGGAAGGGGUGGAGCCAGAGGACUCCUCAGACUCUGCUGGAUGCUCUCGCCAACAUGGAGGUCAACUCUGUCUACAACACGGUGGUCAAGGCUGAACAAGGUGAGGAGGCGGCAGGUCGCAGACAGUGGGUCGACGGCCCCCCCAACACCCUGCUGAACGCUCUCCAUCAGGCUGAACUCACAUCAUCAACCCUGGACUCAGUGACUGCAGAUUUAGAGCAGGACGGAGCAGAGGAGGAGAAGACAGAGGAGGAUAAAGAGAUGAAGAAGGAGGAGGAGGAGGAGGACUCUGAUGUGGAGAUGGAUGAAGAGCGUCUGGAGCCGAGGUCGGACGAUGACGACACGAACUUUGAGGAGUCAGAGGACGAGCUGAGGGAGGCGGUGGCAGACUCCAUGAAGAAUCUGUUUGUGAUGGAGGACGGGAGCUCAGACGAGACAGAAAACACAGAGAAGAGGGAGGAGGAGGAGGAGGAG